AUGGACGCCCUCUUCCAGAGUCUCGAGCAGAAGUUCGAGGCUGCCGGCUUCGACUCCAACCGCUGGUACAUCCUCGCAAUUACAACGCUAACCGCCAGUACGCAGCCGUACGAAGCCCAUCAGCUGUACAACUACCUCAUCAACAAGCCCGAGAAUGCCACACCUGACGCCCGCAAGGCCAUUAUCCGGAGGCUGCGCGAGGCCCUCGUAAAGUCCAUCUCGAUCGUGGGCGUGCCAAAGCCCAUCGAGUCGAUCUUGGCCAUUGCCAAGGUCGAGAGGCCCGAGGACAGGGACUACGCGACCACGCGUGAGAACUGGCAGGCCGACAGGGCGAACCAUGAGCGGGCGAUGGGGUGGUAUGAUAAGAUCUAUGGGCGGAAUGCCAGUGACACGCUGGGUCUGUUUGAUGCGCACAGGGACUUUACGUGGAUUAGCACGGAGAUCACAUAUGGGUUCUAUCUGUCGGAUCGGCAGGUGCUCGAUGAUUUGGACACGCAGUUGGUGGUCCUUCCUGGUAUCAUGAUUCAGAACCUGAAGCUGGAGACGCAUUGGCAUAUUCGCGGGACGAGGAGGCUGGGCGUUAGUAGUGAGAAGGUGCAGGCUAUCUGGGAGGGUGUCAAGCUGGUCGCGGCGUUCUUUGAGAUGAAGCUGGACAGAGUGCCGACUGUUCAGGAGGUUGAGUAUGAUGUUUAG